AUGGAGCUUGAGAUUGGGUUGAAGUUUUUUACCCGGGAAUCAGCAAUGCUAGCGGUAAAAAACUACAACAUCCGUAGGAGUGCAGAAUAUAAGGUUGUAGAGUUAGACCAAAGUAGGUACGUAUGUCGAUGUAAGCAGUUCGGGGAUCAAUGUCGUUGGAUGGUGCGGGUUGCGAAGACAAGGUCCUGUAGAUUUUGGAAAAUCCGAAAGUAUGAAGGUCCUCAUACUUGCUUGGCAAGUACAAUGUCUCAAGACCACGCCCAACUCGAUAGCAACGUCAUCUGCCAGCACAUAUUUUCCAUGGUGCAUGCUGAUGCGACGAUUUGUGUAAAGGUGUUGCAAGGAUCAGUAGAGUCAGCGUACGGUUACAAGGUAUCUUACAAGAAGGUUUGGCACGCGAAGCAGAAGGCAAUCGCAAGGAUCUAUGGUGAUUGGGACGAAUCAUAUGACCAGCUGCGUAGAUACCUCAGUGCUCUCCAAGCUUUCGUCCCAGGGACAAUUGUUGACCUCCAAACUCUGCUGUACUAUGUCGGGAACAGACUAGACCGUGGUAGUGUCAUGUUUCACCAGGUUUUCUGGUCGUUCCCUUCAUGUAUUGAAGCUUUUAGGCACUGUAAACCGCUAGUCUCAGUGGACGGGACACACCUGUAUGGUAAGUACGCAGGCACCCUUCUCAUGGGCAUUGCACAGGACGAGAAUAACAAUAUUCUACCGGUUGCUUUCGCACUUGUCGAAAGAGAGAAUACAGAUUCAUGGUACUUCUUCCUAACCAAUUUGAGGAGGCAUGUCGUAACUCGGCCGGGAGUUCUGCUUAUAUCCGACAGGCAUGCGGCAAUAAAGGCCGCAUUGGAACGUGAGGGGUGUGGCUGGGAACACAAUGUGUACUGUGUUCGACAUAUUGCCUCCAACUUUGCUACCAGUUUCAAGAGUAAGGAAGCCAAGAGACACCUAGUUAACGCUGCAUAUUCGAAGACGCAAGAGCAGUCGCAGUACUACCUGGAGCUAAUCAGUAGCGAGGAUCCGGUAACAUCUCCGCAGAUGAUGGAGUGGAUCCGAGGGCUAGAGCCACCUAAAUGGUUACAGCACCUAGAUGAGGGCCGAUGA